GGCGCGGCCCGGCGCAGCCAAUGGGCGCGCGGUGCGCGCCGCCCGAGCCGGCGGCCAUGGAGCCCCGCGCUCCCUACGACGACUUCCCGGUGGUUUUCCUGCCGCCCUACGAGAGCCCGCCCGCCUGGGUCCCGCCGCACGAGCGGGUGUUUCACCCCGACUACAACAACGAGCUCACGCGGUUCCUGCCCCGCACCAUCGCCCUGCAGAAGCCGCCCGGGGCGCAGUUGGGCUUCAACAUCCGGGGAGGAAAAGCCUCCCAGCUGGGGAUCUUCAUCUCCAAGGUGAUCCCCGACUCGGACGCGCACAGGGCGGGGCUGCAGGAGGGGGACCAGGUGCUGUCUGUGAACGACGUGGAUUUCCAGGACAUCGAGCACAGCAAGGCCGUGGAGAUCCUGAAGACGGCCCGGGAGAUCACGAUGCGCGUGCGCUACUUCCCCUACAAUUACCAGCGGCAGAAGGAACGGACUGUUCACUAACGGGGAGCUCUGCUGGGGCUCCUCCUGCACAACCCUCUCCUGCUCUCCCACCUCCCGAGAUGGCCCAGCACGCUCAGCUCCCACUGGAGGCACAGCUGUGCCCUGCCUGGAGAGAUGCCCAGAGUCUCACCCAGCUGGAGGCUGGAGGGGAUUGAGCCUGUGCUCCUGAGUGGGGCUGGAACAGCUGCUGGCAACUGGGGACGAGGGAGCUGCUCCAGCACCUUCCCUGCUCCUGUUUCAGCAGGACUUGAGUGAGUGCUGUGCUGGCUCUGGAUCCCUUGGUCCUGGAAGCUUUGUUGGGAUGGAAAAGCACGAGGGGCUGAGGCUCCUGAGCAAAGCAGGGGCCUUGUCCUCCAAGAAAUCCCCCUGUUCCCUUCUCUCAUGCCGUGGAAUUCUUUCCUUCUCUGUGCCACCUCUGCUCUUCUCUGCUGGGUUUGCUGGGGGAUCCAGGAGUAAAACCCACCAAAACCAGCCCAGCUCUGGCUGCACUGGGCUCUUUGUGCCUCUGUGCUGGGAAUGACCCCGGGAUACAGGGCUGGGGUGUUUGGAAACGUUAAUUAUCAAGUAUGGAAAUGUUAAUUAUCAGCGAAUGUGGGUGACAAUGCCUGCUGGGAUCACGUUGUAAUGGCUUCAGGACAGCCUUGGCUCUGCCCUUCUCUUCCUUGUGAUGUUUUCCACUUCAUCUAUAAAAACAAUAAAAUGAGUACAGCAACCCAAAUCCAGCUUAUUUCCACCCAGGAA